GCCACGCAGUUUCUUUCUGUCCUUUUUUGCGAGUCUUCUCCUGUGUUUGGUUUCAGUUUCUAACAAGAAAAAAACGAAGGAAAAAGAAAAGGAUAAAACCUGAAAAACCAAAAAAUAGAAAAGUCGUUAUCAAAAUCCUUCAAAGCUCUUUCUCUAGCUUUGAUGAUCUGAUUGAUCGAACUCGUCGAUAAGCAUGGAACGAAUCGUCGGUGGCAAAUAUAAGCUCGGCCGUAAGAUCGGCAGUGGAUCUUUCGGUGAAAUUUUUCUUGCUACGCAUAUUGAUACGUUCGAGAUCGUCGCUGUUAAGAUGGAGAACAAUAAAACGAAGCAUCCGCAACUGCUUUACGAAGCAAAAUUGUACAAUAUUCUUCAAGGAGGAAGUGGAAUUCCAAGCAUAAAAUGGUCAGGUGUUAAUGGGGAAGAUAAUGUACUUGUUCUCGAUUUACUCGGACCUAGUCUCGAGGAUCUCUUUGUGUACUGUGGCAGGAAGUUUUCGCUGAAAACUGUCUUAAUGUUGGCUGAUCAAAUGAUUACAAGAAUCGAAUAUGUUCACGCCAAGGGAUUUCUUCAUAGAGACAUAAAGCCUGAUAACUUCCUAAUGGGACUUGGUCGCAAAGCAAAUCAGGUUUAUAUAAUUGAUUUUGGCCUUGCCAAAAGAUACCGAGACUCCACAACUAAUCGCCAUAUUCCUUACAGAGAAAACAAAAAUUUAACGGGGACUGCUCGUUAUGCAAGUUGCAAUACUCAUCUUGGAAUAGAGCAAAGUCGGCGGGAUGAUUUGGAGUCACUUGGCUAUGUGCUUUUAUAUUUUCUCAGAGGAAGUCUUCCAUGGCAAGGUUUGAAAGCUGCCACAAAGAAGCAGAAAUAUGAUAAAAUAUGUGAGAAGAAGUUGUCCACUCCUAUUGAGGUUCUAUGCAAGUCUCAUCCUGUGGAGUUUGCAUCAUACUUUCAUUAUUGCCAUUCUUUGACAUUUGAUCAACGUCCUGAUUAUGGGUUCCUGAAGCGUUUGUUCCGUGAUUUAUUUCUUCGUGAAGGUUAUGAGCUUGACUACAUAUUUGACUGGACAAUCAUCAAGUACCAGCAGGCCCAGAAAACUAGAUCUCAGCCUCGAUUGUCUCCAGUUACUGGAGGUAGCAGCAGUCAUCCAUUACCUGUGGAUGUGGAUCAUCAUCAAGCAGGCUUCAAUGCCACUUAUUCGACUGACGUCACAGAGCGCAUUAGAUCAAGUAAUGUUUCUGGUCCAGGUGUUCGCAUGCAAUUUAAAUCAGCAACAGGGAAGAACUUGAUUUCUGAUGCUACAGUUGACAAAAAUAUUUUUGACUCUCAUACACCCUCAUCAUCGUUUGCACCUGCUGGCACCUCAAAAAGAAAUGGUCAGAAAUUGCCCACUGAAGCUGCCAAUUCUGGCCAUGGAAAUGGAAACAAAAUCGGACCUUCCAGUAGUUGGAUUUCAUCAUUGCAGCGCAUUUCGUCUGCCAAAUGAUGAAAAUGGACUCAUUUCUGCCUACAGUACUGUUGGAAAGGGUGGAAUAGGGAAUUACAAUUCAGGAAUGCAUACAAAGACCAUAAAACAUAUAUUUCUCUGCAUGCUAACCAUGGAAGAUCUAGUAAUGGCUGCAAACUACUGACUGGUGAACACUGAAGAAACCAUUUAUGGUUGGUAUUUUGUCUUGUAUCCUGAAUUCUGCAAAUAUCAACAGUGUACAUGCAGUAAAGCUCAGUUGUAUGUUCGAUUUCAAGUUGAUGAUUUUGGAAUUGAUUGGUCUACUUCAAGGAGCACAUUGCCUCAGACUGGAAUGUUGACAGGCGGUGUGCCAACAAUGUGUAACUAGUAACUACCCAGCUUGUCUUAUUAUGUAAAAAUUCUGAUAGAAGCUGUUCAGGAUAAUUAGAGAAGAUAGAAAGUCGACUACUAUUUGCAUAUGCUGUGGCUACUUGGGUUCUGGAGAUCUGAAGAGCUCUGUGGGGCAAAGCUGGACUUUGAGACCAUUUUAUGUCUGGUUUGAAGUUUGAACCAGGUGGGGGAUAAAACAUUUUCUCUCAUCAAUUGUUGGUCUAGGAAUAGUAUUGCUUUUCUUGGUCAGUUGACACUUGUAUUAGUCAGGGCUCAAGAUUUUGUGCAUCUGAAACCAGAUGACGGUAGCAUUGCUUCAAGCUGCUUCAGGUAUGUACAGCUCCUGACAUCCUCUUCUGAUAAUUAUUCUAUUCCAGAAAGUGGUGCAAUUUAUGCCAUUAGUGGAGUUUGUGAAAUCUGAAGUUGGAUGAUCAGGAAUAUUCUGUUCCUUGCCCAGAUAAGUGGGGCUCCUUAGGAUACAUUUUUGGUCUUCCUUGACGAGGAAAGAGGAGUGAGGGGAGGAUGUCAGACCUGAAGGAGUAGGCCUGGUUCAGGAAAAGAUCUGGGAAACUAGUUGGAAGGCAGUUAGUAUUGGCAUGAAUUCUUGAGAAGGGGGGACAUGCAAGCGUUGUGUUAUGGAUCUUCAGCCGGGAACAUCGGUAACCAAGUUAUCGGUUAUCAGAUGUCAAAUGGGUUUAUUAAUGCAAUCUUUUUGUGUGGUCUUUUCCUUUGUUCUUUCCGGGUGUUUCUCCGCUUCUGGACGCCCCAGGUUUUAUUUGGCCGUUGAAAACUAGGAAGCUGGGCACCGUCAACAUGUAAUAAUACAAGGGUAAGAAAUGUUUCGGUAUGUGUGCGUAGAGGGUUUUAAUUAUUCUAUUCUUACGAAAGUUUUUAAUUGUAAUUUGUACCUCUUUUUAUUGUGUGCAUUUCAUUUUGAAUUAUUUUGGAAGAUCAGCUUGCAAUUUGAAACGAAAGCAAGAUAAAUAAAGAUUCCAGGGUGA